AUGGACCCUGCCAAAAACAGAACUGCUCCUGGACCAGUAGUAGGUUGGCCACCAAUUCGUUCCUUCAGGAAGAAUCUUGCAACAACAAGUAGCAAUUCUAAACCAUUAUCACAAACUGAAUCUCAGACACAACAUCAAAACAAGGUUGUUGCUGGUAAAAAACCUAUUGAUAACAACUAUGGUGGUAAAGGUUUGUUUGUUAAAAUCAACAUGGAUGGUGUUCCUAUUGGUAGAAAAGUUGAUCUCAAAGCUUAUCAUAUCUAUGAAAAUCUCUCCAUAGUUGUGGAUGAAAUCUUUAGAGGACUCCUUAAAGCUCAAGGAGAUUCUUAUGGAAGUAAGAAAAAUGAAGAUGAAGAAAAAGUGGUUAGUGGAAUAUUGGAUGGAAGUGAAGAAUAUACUCUUGUAUAG